AUGGGUCGCAACAACGUAUUGGCAAUGUGGAUUGCGGUGAUGUUGAUGACUGUGAUGAUAAAUGGAGGAAGAGUCGAAGAUAUAUGUAAUACUAGUAUACCAUUAAUGAGCGAAUGCCUUUCCGCUGUUGAUGGAGAUCCCACCACGCAAUGUUGCCUUAACAUUCAAGAAGCCGACUUGCAAUUGUUUAGUCCAGGAGUGUCUGAUCAUUCUGCUUUGAUUGUGACUAUGAAGACCCUUGGGAGAUUAAGGAAGUCUGGAUUCAGGUUUUACAAUGUCUGGUGUAAACAUGACAAGUUGUUAGAAAUAGUUAAAGAUGUCUGGGACCUUAAUGUGGUUGGGUAUAAAAUGUUUCAAGUUUAUAACAAAAUGAAAAUUCUCAGAAAUUUUUUGAGACAGCUUAAUAAAAGUGUGUUUUUUGACAUCUCUAUGAGAGUUGAUGCUACCAGAAAGAUGCUGGCUGAGUUGCAAGAGAAUCUAAUUCUGAAUCUAGGGAAUAACAUCCUACAGGAGGAGGAAAGAGCCAUUUCAAUCCAUCUCUUCAAGCUAAUCAGAUGGGAGGAAGAUAUCUUGAGACAGAAAUCAAGAGCCACUUGGAUAAAUCUUGGAGAUCAAAAUACCAAGUUUUUCCAUAAUAGCAUUAAGCAAAGACAGACUAGAAAAAAUACCAGUAAUCUCUUCCUUAGAGAUGGGCACUUAUUAAUAGAUGAUGAUAGAAUUGAGAUGGAUAAGGAGGUUACUGAUGAAGAGAUAAAGAGGUCAAUGUUUUCCAUAAAUGGGGACAAAGCCCUUGGUCCUGAUGGGUUUAGUAGUGAAUUCUUCAAGAAGAGUUGGAGUAUAGUAGGGCCAUGUGUUACUUUGGGAAUCAUAGAUUUCUUUUCCACUAAGAAGCUACUUAAUCAACAGAAUCUGCCAAGUUAUAUAGGAGGGCUAGUAAGGAAUACCCAGUCAGCUUUCAUCCCUGGCAGAAGCAUUGCAGACAAUGUUCUUGUAGCUCAUGAGAUAGUUAAUAACUAUCAUAAAAGGGCUGGUGAAUCUUGUGCUAUGAAGAUAGAUGUUAGAAAAGCUUAUGACUCCAUUGGAUGGGAUUUUGUAGAACUUCUUCUUUAUGGGUUUAGAUUCUCCAGGAACAUGGUAGAGACUAUUAUGACUUGUGUAAGAUCAGUUAAAUACUCUAUAAUGGUUAAUGGAGAAGCUAUUGGUUACUUUUGUAAUAUCCCGUAA